CCUCACCAUAUCUAGGCUCUUUCCUAGUAUCUUACUUUUGUCAAAAUCAAUUGCUACUUAAUAUUUAAUUAAUUGUAUAUAUAAUUCUUUUUUGAUAAAUUGAAAGGACUGGUCUUGGUCCGUUGAUUCUUUAAAUACGUGGUUGCACGUACUUCUCAGGACGAUCGUUUGAAUGCAGCAAAUCUGACAUUGGAUAGAAACGUUCAGGAGUUAGUUAAUCCAUCUUUUUGCAUUUGAUUAAAUCAGAACAGAAGGAUUUGCUUUACAACAUUAUGGCUUAUCGAGAUCGAACUGGAUUAUAUAUAACUUUCCGACAGUCGUAUGCUCACCAUGGUCAAAGAUUAGAAUCCUUAAAAUGGGAGCCAAAGGAAGAACGACAGAGCCUUAUUCAUAAGGAUGUGGACGAUAACGUGGUCAUAGAGAUGGACAUGUUGGCUCCUAAAUGGGCUACUAUUGAACAAGAUAUAGAUUCCUUACUUCAGAACACUCAUAGAAAUAUCCAAUUACUAAACAAGCAGUAUGCGAAGCAUGUUCUCCCAAGCUUUUCUGAUAAAACAGAACAGGAAAACGAGAUUCAACGCCUAACGAUUGACAUAACGAAUGACUUUCAAAGAUGCCACCGAAUUUUGCAAAAUACAAAACGCCAAACCAGCACUCUUGAAGGCUCAGAAGCUUUGGUUGCCCAAAAUCUUCUCGCGAAUUUGGCAGGCCGUAUCCAAACCGAAAGUUCCCAUUUUCGAAAAAAACAGUCAAACUAUUUGAAAAAAUUACGUGGCUUGAACUCUGAUUUUUCCUCUUCGGAUGCCAAAUUAGAGGACACUGUUUCCGAUGUUGCCAUAUCUCAGUCGACGAUUCAGCAGGCUGCUCUUAUGGAAGAGGAAGGCGAAGACGAGCGGGCUGUUCAACACGAGCGGGCUGUUGCAAAAAUUGCCGAAGGUAUCCUUGAGUUAGCGCAGAUGUUUCAGGAUUUACAGGGAUUAGUAAUUGAGCAGGGUGCUCUGGUGGAUCGCAUCGACUUUAAUGUUGAGCAAACACAAGUUCAUGCAAAGUCAGCCGAAAAAGAGUUAACAAAAGCUGAAGGGCAUCAGAGGAAUACAGGACGACUACGUUUCAUGUGUUUUCUAAUCUUAAUUAUAGUUGUUUUAAUUGUUAUAUUAAUUGGCAAACUUGCACGAUAAUGUUCAACUUAUGUCUUACUAAAAUAAUAUUCACCAUGAAUUUCAUGAAUGUUUUACCUCUUCAAAUUCUUUUUUGGAAAUUUUCUUGCUUUAAUUACUAUAUCCAACUUUUCUAUCUACAUUCAACAUUGUGUUUGUAUUUCAAUGAUAACCCACUUGUCAAAUUCUUAUAAAUAAUCA